GGAAACCAGCAUCGUGUUGUUUGUGUAAUCCCCUGUGUGGCUACAAUCAUUUUGAAAGUAUUUGUACUCAUGUUUUCCAAUGGGCAGACAUGCGCCUCAUCUGUACUCGGAACCGCUGGAGCUAUUACAUUGUCUUCCCGGAGGCUUCACAUCAGUCUGGAGCAUGGCGUUGUAGAUGACCUGCGUGGCUUCAACGUUCCGGGUACAAUGUCGACUGCCUUUACGUGCACUGUGGCGUUCAUAAACGCUGGCGAUGUACAGUCUCUUCGGAGCUCUUUAGAUUCUAAAUUAGUGAGCCCAGACGAAAAGGACGAGAAUGGACAGACACUCUUGAUGAUAGCUGCACAAUGUGGUCAGCUUCCUAUAGUGGAGGAGCUAAUCAGACAAGGUUGCGACAUCCACCUUGAAGAUUUGGACAACUGGACUGCCUUGCUAAAUGCAGCUAAGGAAGGCUACACAGAUAUAGUUGCAGAGCUUGUGAUGCAUAAGGCCGACAUUGAACACAGGGAUAUGGGAGGAUGGACAGCACUGAUGUGGGCCAGUUACAAGGGCCACGGAGAGACAGUGAAGUUCCUCCUGGAGCAAGGAGCCUUUCCUAACGUGCAUGACCUUAAUCACAUGUCCUGCCUGAUUUGGGCAGCAGGACGCGGUUACGAGGAUAUAGCAGCAGACCUACUCAGUUACGGAGCCAAAGUUAACUCAAGUGACAAGUAUGGAACAUCUCCCUUAGUUUGGGCUGCUCGCAAGGGGUACAAAGGCAUUUGUGAGAUGCUGUUGGAUGCAGGUGCCAAUGUUGACACAGCUGGCAUGUAUUCUUGGACGCCACUCAUUGUAGCCGCUAAAGGGGAUUAUGCUGAUAUAGUGAGCAUGCUGCUGGAAUACAAGCCUAAUGUGAAUGCUGUUGAUGCGGAUGGCUAUACUGCUUUGGCUAUAGCGUGCAAGGAAGGCUAUACUGACAUUGCUGUAUCAUUGCUCAAUGCUGGAGCCUAUGUCAACAUGCAAGACCGGAGUGGUGAUACCAAUUUGAUUCAUGCGGCCAAAGCAGGAAACUUUUCUAUUGUAGAUGUGUUGCUAAAGAAGUACGCAGACGUCGACAUUCAAGGAACGGAUCGUAAAACUGCUCUGUACUGGGCUGUAGAAAAAGGCUAUGUGGACAUCGUUCGGCUCAUACUGAGUGCCAAUCCAAACAUUGAAUUAGCAACAAAGGAUGGUGACACAGCUCUUAUGAAGGCAACUCGCAACCGCAUCACAGAAAUUGUUCAGGCAUUGGUUGACAAAAAAGCAAAAGUCUCAGCAGCUGAUAAGAGAGGGGACACUGCUUUGCACAUUGCAAUGCGUGCUCGAAGCAAAGGAAUUGUUGAAAUCCUGCUACGCAAUCCCAAGAACAGCCGGCUGCUAUACCGCCCCAACAAGAGCAAUGAAACACCAUACAAUAUAGACACCAGUCACCAGAAGAGCAUCUUGGCACAAAUUUUUGGGGCCAGGCGUUUGAACACAAAUGAAGACAGUGAGAACAUGUUGGGCUAUGACUUGUACAGUAGUGCCUUGGCAGACAUCCUGAGUGAGCCGUCUCUCUCCAUGCCCAUCUCAGUGGGGCUGUAUGCACGAUGGGGAAGUGGAAAAUCAUUUCUCCUGGGUAAGCUGGAAGAGGACAUGCGCAGCUUUGCUGUGCAGUGGAUUGAGCAAACAUUUUCCUUUUCGUGGGUGCUCUUUUGUCUUGUGACGUUCUGCUCCUGUAUGUUGGGGUACAUUUUCUUCAUGGUGUCAACAAACUGGUUGGUUGGGCUCCCUCUCGGUGUUGGAGCCUUCAUGUUCACCUAUUGUACUCUCUAUGUUAUUCGCUACGGGAGCGUGCACCAUGACUGGAACUGGGCAUACAAGUUCUGCGUCCACCUGGAGGGUAUGCUGGGAAAUCUCAAGACAUUACUCCAGGUCGCCUUCUGUCAUCCGCCAUCCAUAGCAAAAGAUUUUGGUUGUACUGUGCGCUUUGUUUUCACACACCAAAAUAAGGUGAGUAGCUCUGGUGCUGGUGACGCCUCGAUUGCCUUUGUGAUCAUGGCACUUCAUACUGCUCUGGAGGAUGAAUUUGGUUUCUUUACAACUCGGUUCUACAGGGCUUUCCAACCGAAGCCAGUGGGGUCGUCCAGCUGGACAUGGCGACGCAUGUGCUGUUUGCCUUGCUUUGUGGUUUUCCUGGUAACCCUCGUCUGCCUGCUUGCGGCCAUUUCAUUGGCAACGCUCACAAACGCAUUAGAAAGCCCAAAGUCAGGGAAGGAAAACCCACUGCAGCCAGUGCUCAUCACCUUAACAAGCGUGGUUGGUGUUGCACUACUGACCAACGUUUACACCUGGGUUAAAGUGGCUCUGGCCCUGUUCAUGUCAAAUCACCGACGGAUUCGUGGUACACUGAUGCACGUGGAAGCCUCUCCUGGUGGCUAUUUGGAAGCACUUAAGGGAGAAGUCGAGCUUAUUAGUGGCAUGGUCCACUGUCUGGAUGCCUUUGUUCGCAAACAGACACGCCUUGUGCUAAUUGUAGACGGCCUUGACAGUUGUGAGCAGGAUAAAGUCCUCAAAGUUCUAGAUGCUGUUUAUGUACUGUUCUCUGACCCUGGCCAACCAUUUGUGACAAUUUUGGCACUUGAUCCCCAUAUCAUCAUCAAAGCAAUAGAAGCCAACUUGCACCGUGCCUUCCACAAUACAACAGUGCGUGGGUAUGAUUAUCUGCGCAAUAUAGUGCACUUGCCUUUCUACCUUCAGAAUAGUGGCCUGCGCAAAGUACGUGCUGCCCAACAGGCAGCCGUUGGCCUGAAGCGUAGUGGCUCACACUGGUGCGAAGAGAAGGAAGUUGAGAAGACACAGGCCUUUAUACCACCUCAAGACCGACUUCCGCCAGGAAACCGACGUGUUUCAAGUUCAAGCAUGUCCAUACCAGAAUCGUUUCGAAAACCUCAACAGCGAAAGGGCAACCAAAAGCUAAAAGCGAGCGACAGCGUGGCUUCUAGUAUGAGCAACCUUCAUCGAGGGGUCACAGGAGCUCAGGACCUGACCAAAGUGCUUCUCACUGAUGACUACUUCAGUGACAUCAAUCCACGUUCCAUGCGCCGUCUUAUGAAUAUUGUUUAUGUUACAGGUCGCCUUCUAAAGGCGUUUAACAUUGACUUCAACUGGUACCAUCUGGCAUCGUGGGUAAACAUCACAGAGCAAUGGCCUUUCCACACUUCCUGGAUCAUAUUGCACUAUGAAACCCAUGAGAAUGACAUCGAAGAUACAGCUUCAUUGAAGUCUAUUUUUGAGAAAAUCAAAAAUAAAAUCCCAAUGUCCAAGGAACUUCAAGCACUUUAUGAUGUGGAUCAUGAUGUGCGAAAAUUUGAAGUAUUCCUAAGCUUCCACUCAUCAUCCCUUUUAAUCAGCGACCUCAAGAUAUUUGUCCCAUUCACAAUCAAUUUGGAUCCCUACAUCCGCAGAGCCAUUCAAGAAAAGCACCAAGCUCAACUUGAAGCUGAGAAGAGUGCACAGAAGGUUGGUUCUGGCACGUUUGGACCUCCUACCCCAGCACCAAUGACAGCUAUCCUUCCUACAUCUCCUUGGACACCUCUAAAACCAGAAGUGCUGUAUCCUCCAGCACCAUCUACACCUGUUCCUCCGCCAGCAGUUAUGGAUGCCUUUCAGCAGUCUUACCAGCCUGUCUGGUGGUCCCCAGGAACUGUGUCAGCCAUGCCUGUGCCUGCCAUGGUUCCCAAAGUCAAAGUCUGGAAUGAACCCUUCACUGACCAGCUUCACACCCUCUCUGUGGACGGUGUGCAACGCCUACUAGCAGGCCUGGAGGGCAUUGACAAGGCUCAAGUGCCUGCAUACCAGAAAACUUUGGCGCAACAUAACAUACAUGGACAGGUGUUGCUCACAUGCAACAUCACGGAGCUACGUAGUGUUCUAAAUAUGAGCUUUGGUGAUUGGGAGCUUUUUAAAAUGGCAGUGCUGGCCCUAAGAGAGCAAGAAUAUCAGCAUAUGCAGAACAGUGCACCAUGCAGUGCACAAGCACCAAAUGAUGAGCCUCCAGUACCUUUCACAAGAGAUCGUGGCCAUUCGUUUUCAAGCAGCAUAUCCUGUGAGUAUCUCGAAACAAAGCCAAAGGAGAAGAAUGUUGUAGUGGAUAGUACAGACAAGGGUAUGGAAAAAAGUGCUGUGCAUUCACAAGCAUCCACUCGUAGAGGAAACACCUGCAAUACUUCAAUCGAAAAACAAGUGACUAUGGAGGAGAGUCUUAUUGUGGGUGCCUUGGAAACUCUAAGUGAGGAAGCAAUGGAAGACACUAUAGAAGAGAGCAUGGUGCCUCAUCCUGGGUUCCCUCACUCCCAGGCCUUAAGCCCUAUUUUGUCUGAUCCUGGGGAACAGGAGGAUGGUACUGGAGGUGGCUCAGGACAUAAGCGGGAACCAGAAGUAGACUUUGUUUAUCUGAAGAUGCUCCAUGGUUCACCAGGUCACAAAUACAGUUUUGCACCACUUUCUGCAUCUGUGCCUGAACACGAAUGGGGCGUCCAAGGAUCCAUCCCACCUGUCUACUAUGGUUCUGAACUAAUGCCUGAUCCGUACCUAAACUCAAACUUUGCUGCCGGAGUGUCUGCCCCACCCUCCAUAGCUUCAAGUCCCAAUGCACCCCCAGCACAUUCCUUUGCUACCAUAGAUUCCACCAAUCUGAGAUCAAGAACUAAACAAAAUGAAACUGUGGUAACGCACAACCAACCGGAAAAGGACGCAACCAAAGAGGCCAAGACGAGUGGAUUGCUCGACCACUGGAAGGGUAGCCAUAAAAAGAGCGAGGCCGUGGCCGAACGUCACGGGCUUGACAGUUUAAACCCAGCAAAUGAACGGAGUGUGGAUGAGAGCACGCCACUCAUCGAGAGGCCGCGAGUGUUGCCGCAGGCAUCAAUGUCUGUGCAUUCCAGAGAUGCAGAAGACUUGUCACGCAGAGAAAGGGAGUUCAUCCACCCCAUCAAACCUCGGGAAGGGAAAAGGUCGAAUUUUGAGCGCCAGUUCUCUGUGGACGAGAGAUCUGACACCGAGCUGGAACCUCUGGCAACACGAGCUGGAUCAGACGAGAAGCUGUCUUCCUCCUCGAUGGGAUCGUUGCAUGGUGAGAAGGCAGCUAGAGUGGACGUUACACAGACACCACAUACAACCGCCAAGGUGGUAUUGCCACAAGAAGGUCCAUCACCAAACGUGGAGCAGACACCAGAAGCUGAAGUGGCUGGCCCAUCACGCAGUUCAUCCUUUAAGCUGCCACCACUCAUAAGUAGGACAUUCCUCCAGAAGUCAACCCAAAAUAAAGGUGAAAAGAAGCGACCAGAAUUUACAAAAGCUCACACCUAUGAGGGUCCGACGGAAUCAUCCACGGAUGCUAUUGCCAUAGAAGGCAAGAGGAAGGAAAAAACGGACCAUGCGUACUCCAGCACUGAGACCAUAAUCUAAACUGACUUCAGCAACUUUCAGUGUGCAUGUUUUUAGGCAGUGAGACCAAAGACACCUGUAAUGGAGAUGUAUGGGAUAGUUAUUAGCAUUCUUCAAGUAUGUGCACUAAAUUAGCCUAUCAUUUUGGUGUACUCUAUUAUCGUGCACUGUAAUAUGUCUUCAACAAUGGUAUGUUAGUUGCUCGCAGAGCAAAUAUGAUUGUUACAUAUGUGUUACCUUCACGUGUCAUGCUAGUAUUGAAACAUCUUUGUAAUGUGACUUCUGAGGAGGUUUCUUCCUGGGGCAUACAGAUUUUUUGUGCAUGAAGUUUCAAAAUUUGUUACACACUGAACAAAGCUUGUAAUGUACGGUGGAACUUCUUCAUUUUAAAUUCAUUUGCAGUCGCUAAAUAAUUAUAAUGCCAAUAUUUAUUCGAAGCAAGUUCGAAAUCUUGUCUUGAACAUUAUUGUGCUUUCCUAAACGAGCAGCACAAACACAAAUUAUUCCUGCCAUGUGAACAGAUACUCCUUUGGAUACACGUGUCAGUCUACACUUGUUCACAGCGGAAACUCUGCAUAACUUAGUGUCAGCAGCCAAAAGUACAAUUGUCCUUUGUUAUAUGUUAUGAUAUCAGUUUUCUAUCAUAACACUGUCUCUUUGUUAUUUCAUCACUUAGACAGGGGGCGUCUGACAAGGCCGUACGCCUAGCUGUUGCUCAAAAGAAGCUCAGCUUCCGUAAGCAUAGUAUUACUAAAAGUUGACUUUUUUUUUAUUAGCAUAAAGCCUCUACCAUGUUCAAAAGUUCUGCAGACAUUAUCUCUGAAAAGACUUAUGACUAUACGUUUCAGCGUAUGACUUGCAUGACUAGUGUCCCUUGAGUGCCAUUGUAACAUUGCUUUCAUUUUAAUCGCACUACAAACACUUUGUAUACAGGGUGUCCCAGAAAAUGUGUCAUUGAAUUUUAAUAAAAAAA